GUAAGUCCGUGUCCCCUCAGCAGAGAGCGCCCGCGGGUUUCUGUCGCAGCUCAGCUGCUGCAGAUGUCACAUGACUCCAGCAUGGAGCUCUGGAGAUAUGAGCGCUCGCUCGCGCUGAUGGGGAAACGGGAAUCCCAGACUGUGUGUUUGUGAGAAACAGCGCGCGAGCAUGCCGACGCUGCUGCAGAAGCUCUUCAGCAAGAGAGCCGUGGGUAGCGGCAGCGCACGGGACUGCUCGACGGCAGCGGAGCAGUGUUGGGCAUCUGCGGAGUUUGAUCUAGCUCAGAUCAGAUUGAUCGUGUAUCAAGACUGUGAGAGAAGAGGACGCCAGGUUCUCUUUGACUCCAAAGCAAUACAUAAACUGGACACAUCCGAGCCGACUGCCGAUGAAACCAAAACUCCCCCCACCCGGAGUGGUGCUUGCCAUAUCGGCAGCCAAGCAAGCGAGAAAGACAAGCCUCCUACAUAUCAGUAUACCAGACCGGCUUCAGACGUGAAUAUGCUUGGAGAAAUGAUGUUUGGCUCAGUUUCCAUGAGUUAUAAGGGCUCAACUCUUAAAAUUCACCACAUUCGGUCUCCACCACAGCUGAUGGUCAGUAAGGUUUUUUCUACCCGGUUUGGAAGCAGCACCUCUGGAAGUACAAAUACGCUGCAAGACAGUUUUGAGUCAAUGAGCCAAGCGUUUCCUAGUCACGCCAGCAGCAUAGGAGUCUGCCGUGUGCCUAGCGCUCCUCUGCUCUGCCUGGCUCGGAGCGCAUCUUUCUUUGCAGGUCUGUGUGGAAUGCUGAAGCCGCGUGAGCAUGUGUUGAUCUCACAUGCACACGCCCACAGUAAUCCAGUGGACAUGCCAAGCAGAGGACACAGUGAGGAUGGAGACAGUGGCAUCGCUCGAUCGGCAUCUCUGAGCAGUCUGUUGGCCACUCCCCUCCCAUCACCUGGAUCCUCCUUCAGUAGUGGCUGUGCCAGCAGUUAUCAACGGCGAUGGCUCCGUAGCCAGGCCACCAGUCUUCAGCAUGGCCCCAUGCCUCGCUGGAACACUGAAGAAAUGUUCAGCUUGUCUGAUGAGAGCUGCAGCUCCAACCCUGCGACGAUCCGGAGGAAGAAGAUUGCCAUCAGCAUCAUCAUCAGCCUACCAGAGAGAGAAGAGGAAAACCACAAUUUUCAGGAGUUUUUCUUCUCCCACUUUCCUCUGUUUGAGUCUCACAUGAACAAACUCAAGACUGCCAUCGAGAGGGCAAUGAUUUUGUGCAGAAGGAUAGCAGAGUCCAGUCAGCGAGUACAGGUCUAUCUGUGUCGAGUGAUGGAAGCACUGGGAGAAUUCAGGAUGACGGUGUGGAACCUGUACAUGGCUCCCCGCAUCAGCGAGCCAGUCUGGCUUUCCAUGACAUCCCAGAGUACCGAGCGAAACCUGCUGUGUCAGCGCUUCCUAAAGGAGAUGAGUGUGCUGAUGGACCAUGGAGCCAAGAGCCAGUUUCUAUCAGCUCUCCUUACUGCUGUUCUUACGCAUCACUUAGCCUGGGUUCCUACGGUGAUGCCCAGCAGCCUGCCACCAAUCAAAUCUGCCUGCCAGAAACCUGCCUCUCAGACAGUGGAUCUUUUGGCAAAAUCUCACCCAUACAACCCACUGUGGGCUCAGUUAGGUGAUCUGUAUGGUGCUUUGGGCUCUCCAGUGAGAGUGUGUCGAACGGUGGUUUUGGGGCGCAGGAGGGAACUGGUGCAGCGAGUCUUGUAUAUUCUGUCCUACUUCAUUCGCUGCUCAGAUCUGCAGGAGCAUGUGCAGCCACAAGGACAGAUGAAGAAUCCGGACAAUCCAGCCAAUCCCUGCAGCUCUCAAACCACUGAUCCCACCCCUGAAAAAACACUUCCCCCUAAACCAGACCCAUUAAAGCACACUGCAUGUGUUAUUGAAAAAGCACUGAACCCUGAAUCUGUCCCAGGCACCUCUGUAGAACAAAAUAAUGAGACCCUUUUGACCGAUACAAAAUCAACCAAUCCAUCCUCCAGUCUGGAAUCAUCCGCUGUCAGGCCUGAAUGUACAGAAAUGGCACAGGAAUGUUUUGGAGAAGACACUGACUCUGUUGGGGGUGGAUUAGAGCACAUUUUGGCUAAUCAGAGUCCUCUUUUGCAUCGGGUGCAGUUUCACAUUGGCAGUCCCAGGGAGACGGAGAAUGAAGGACAAGCUGGGGGUCUUAGCGGGGCGGGGUGUGGAUUGGACAGAAAGUUACAUCAAAGGCUUUUGACUGAUAUUCAGAGGAAUGAGAGCUCAGAUAGUGCUCUAGGUGACAGUGAUGAAGAAACAUCACAGCGAGAACUGUACAUGGCUACUGAACAAAAGGAAUAUGAGUUACCACUACCAAGUUAUCAGGUAGAGAGCCGAGCCAGUGUUAAUCAUUUUGGGCGUUCUUUGCUGGGUGGUUACUGUCCUCAGUACAUGCCUGACUUUGCCUUGCAUGGCAUCAGUUCUGAUCUCAGGCUCAAACAGUGCCUCAUGUCUGACCUGGAACACACUGUUCUCCAUCCAGCGCUGGAUGAACCAGUGGCUGAGGCUCUUUGCAUUGUGGCGGAUACAGACCGGCUGAGUGUGCAGGUGGUGACGAGUCAAAGGCGCGUGUGUGAGGGUGGGCGGCUGGGCAGGGAUGUGAUGGUGUCCAACCUUGUACACACGCUCAUCACAUCAGUUCGGCAGCUGUAUGCGCUCAACAUCGCAUCCGACUUUUGUGUGAUGCACCUGGAAGACCGGUUACAGGAGUUGUAUUUUAAAAGUCGAUCCUUGGCAGAAUAUCUAAGAGGACAAACCAGGGUCCAUGUAAAAGAACUGGGGCUGGCACUGGGGAUUGAGUCCAGUGACAUUCCGUUGCUUGCAGCAGUUGCCAGCACACACUCGCCCUACGUGGCCCAGAUCCUUCUUUAAGAAGACCAAGCAAGAUUUUUCCAUUUAAGGACCAAUCAGAAUGUGUUCCUGCUCUGCAUGGACCAGCAAGGAUCUGAUCAUUAUCAGAUGACCACACCAAUCAUGAUGCACUGUGCUCGACAACCAUUCGGAGCCUACACCCAGCCUUAAUAUGCCAAUCAGAAUGCCUCGUUUGUCCAGCUGACAGUCUUUUCUUGUACGUAUGUGUGUGCAUCUAACGGUCUAUAGACUGACUCAUGCACCACAUUGGGACACUUGUUAAUGCUCUACUUAUUUUACAGUAUCUCAUGUCUUUUCAAGUCUUAUUUAAAAGGGAAGACUGGAGAACGCACAUGUUAUUGAUGGGGAAAAACAUCACUAUGAGCAAGAAUACGGAGAAGCGUCUAUACAUUUGAUCCUUCCAUUUGAAUAAUCUCUCAGCACUAUAUCUGAAUGCACAGUAGUGUAGUUCAUUAAGAAUGAGAGCAUAUCUAUAAAAUGUAUAGCCUCUCUGUGAAGCACAUUAGUUUACAUCAGGAGCCAUAUUUUGUAGCUGGCUGAUCUUGGAAGAAAUAGUCCCCCCCCACACCCCAAACAAAAAUUCUGCCAUAGUUACUUACCCUCAUGUCGUUCUAAAUUUGCAGGACUGAUUUUCUAUGUAUUCUGAAGUGAAGACUUUUUUGAAGCUUGACAGAACAGGAAGGAUGAUCUUUAAAAAAAAAUAAUAAUACCGGUAAUAAUAAUAUGAGUUUAGAACAACAUGAGAGUAAAUAUAAAAUCACAGAAUUUUCACUUUGGGGUGAACUGUCCCUUUAAAAUCUUAAAUUCCAAAUGAUUGGCUCUAGCAUACAGCUCUGAAACCAUUUUAAAGGAUAUUUUAAAUGAAUGCCUAAAAUUUUAUUCAAGAAUAUCAUCAGUUUUGUCAAUGUGCGUUACAAAAGCUUUUACUUCCGUUUGUUGGAAUUUGAUCAAAUCAAUCAGUUUUCUACCCAGUGUAAUCUUAAAUUUCAAUCUGCAAUUUAAAUAUUUUUCAUAUUCCAUAUUCUCCAGAAAACUGCUUUUUAGAUAUUAUUUAAAUGUUUGUAUGGUACGAGUGUGUGUGCUUCAAUCUCAGAAAGAUGAGAGAAUGUUUACAUAAUGGAAGGAGAGGUAAAUUGGGUGUGAUAUUAAACUGUUACUCUUAAUUACUGGUCAGUCCACAGAUCGUGGAUUACAGUAUUAAUCUGGUGCUACUCUUGUGUCAAAGUCUUACUAAAGCACAUGCACACUUUUAUGCUCUGUCUUGCUAUAUUCUAUUUCUUUCAGUGGUGUAUUGCGCUGAAAGACAUGUUACAGCAAUAGGACCCCAAGUUUGUGACACUAGAAAUUAAAAUGCUUUUUUGUUUGUUUAUUGUUCCACAUUAAAGACUUUGAGAAAGAUGAUUAUUUUUGAUAUUUUAACAGAAUAUUCUACCUCAAAUAAAAGAGAUGAAAGUGGCCUGUUCUGAAUUUAUGGGAUUGAUCAGUCAGUAUUACAUCAAGAAUGCAGUGUGCUGAUAUCUUCAAUGAGAAAACACUUAAAAGCUGCAUUUCAGAUUGAAACAAACAUUUUACACGUGUAAACUUCUCUAGUGUAUUUCUGUACUGAAAGUAAAUGUAAAAUUGUAUUGCGCUUUUUUUAUAAUUUUUUUUUUUUUUUUUUUUGGAGGUUGAACUUUGAACACUAAGGUUUUGCCACUUUUAGUAGUCUCUUGAGGCUAACCAAUGUCAUCUUAUUUUCCUUUUGGUCGGCUCUGUGCAUGGUGUUUACAAAGGUUGAAUGCAGUUGGGUAUUUUGUCUGUGACAAUAGGAUGUUGCUAAGAACUGAACUAGUGAUAAAUAAACAUUGUCAAGAAAUUG